GUUGACUACGGCACAUAUGGCCAUAAUCGUGUGGAUUAUCCACUAGUACAGUCCCAUAUGGUCGAUGCUUGGGGGAGAUUGUCAUAUACGCCCACUAGGAGGUCAUCCCUACCUAGAAUGGAUUUAUCAGAAGGAAUCUCGCUUUUUUUCGAACAAACUCCAUUUAAAAACUGGUUUCCCACCAAAUGCCUAGAAUAUUUGGAAAAUAAAUCCUUAGAUUUUAGAACGUCUGACAAAGAAUUAGUUCAAACCGAAUUCAAGAGUCAUGUCCAUUCAUUAAUGACUCAUCAAGCAGUAACGAAAUCCGCACAAAAAAAAGCUAAAAGACUUUUGGAUGAAGCGGAUCGGAUGUUUGAAUCCGAAGAAGUUAUAGCGAUUUUUAAAAGAAUGGACACGAAGGCGAUUGAAAAAAGUAAAAGGCAGUUAUUAUUUGUAAAAAAAUCACUGUUCGAUACGGAAGUUCAGCUUACUGUUGAAGACCACAAAAUACAUACUGCAUCAUCUUCGAAAUUACAUACUUUAGGAACAGAAAUCCCAGGUAAAGCUUCCAAACGGAAACGUGAAAUAGAAGAUGAUCAAAUUGUAGUGGAUGGUGAUGAAAAUCGGGCCAAGAAAACCGGAAGUGGAAGGGAUAUUCCAAGCUAUCGUAAAUUUUUGGGCAAAACAUCAGUUUCGGAUAUCAUAUUCAAAGGGAAUGAAGAAGAAAAUGUUAUUCAAUAUAAUGAGCAACAGCCUGAAAAUGUGUACGAUAUAGAAUCGAAAUGCAGAAGCCCAACUUCACAGUCAGAUAACGAUUCCGGCGAUCAUGAAGAGUAUCAAGAUUAUGAAAAAAAUGUAUCCGAUUAUGAAGAGUGCUUCGAAGAAGAAAUUCCAUCUGACAUGGCUUCAGCUGAUACCAUUGGAAGUUGGAUUUUGUCGAGUGGUAAGGAUGUUGGCGAAGAACUAUCCAAAUACCGUGAAAAUAUUCCUCGCACAAAAGCAUAUCUUUAUCCCGCUUAUUUCGGUAUAUUGGAUCUUUCCGGUGAGGAUACAGAAGUAAAGAAAUUGUUUACAGAUGACGAAUGGAAUGAGAUGAUCAAGGAUUUUAAUAAUAAUGUAAAAUUAAGUGAUAUGGAAGACGAACAAGAGAGGCCCUUCUAUGAGCUGAUGGACAAAAUUUCCGAGGUAUUGAUGAAUAAACCUUCUGAUCUAAUUACCGGCAUUGAAAGCUGUGCGAUUGAAGACAAUAUAAAAGUAAAUGCAAUCAGACGACUCAUUCAGACAUAUGCAUACAACCUUCAACGCUUGCAAUUGCCAAUGUCUGAAGUUGCCUUUGGAAGUAAUUUCACGAAUGCAAUUACAAAAGGAAUAUUGACCUUUGAUCGAACCUAUCAUUAUGAAGAAGGUGAGAUCCAAGGACUUGCUUCAUCAGUAAUCACCAACAUGAAAUCCAAGCCUACCGAUAGAAGUUUAAUUGGUCAGAAAGUAGACUUCAGAGUUAGCAAAGAUCAAUUUGAAGUGUUGAUUGGAUUAAGAUCCGGUGGCCUUCCCACAUCACCGAAAGGCAAGAAAUGGAUGGAUAAGGUGGAUCUAUCGGUCGCGUUACGGGACGUGUUGGUAAACGAAGGAAUAGAAAAUAACGGCGUAAAACCAGAAAAAUUCCACAAACUUUUUACCUUAGGAGUACACACAUUUAAUUAUAAUUAUAACAUAUACGGAUUGGAUUGGAAAACAAGAGGUGUUUGGCGUAUAGGUUUGCUUCAAAAAGUUAAGCUACCUUUAUCAACUGAAAAUUUGCAAAUUAUAGAGAAACUUAUUAUAUCUUUGAUGCGUAUUGAGGAAACUUUGCAUCGUAUACGAAAAAUCCGGAAUGAAAUAUUAACCGAAAAGGCAAAAUUAUAUCGUUUCCGACGAACAUCAACAUGUGCCAUGGACUAUUCAAUUUGUGAACACGGUCGCAUAACUCGUACAAGAAAGGCCAAAGAAUAA